AUGGAUAACUUUGCUGCCCUUUUCAAUGCCUUUGAAACACGAGUGGGCAGUGGUAAUGAACAUAUCCUUCAACUGCAACAAAGUAACGCAAAGAAGCAGGAAACCAUUGCAAGCCUGAAGGAGAGGAUUGCCCGAUAUAAGCAACAGGAGAGUGAACAGAAAGCAAUACGUGAAAAUGCUGAACGUUCACGGAAAGAGUUGUUACAGAAGUUGUCUAAGAGUCUGAUCAGCGCGAGAACGUUGCAAGGGGAAUUCGAGAAACUUUCCGAGCAAUUUUCAGUUCAAACAAAAAUCGACCAAGAGUUGCGUAUGAAAAUGUGUGAUUUGAAUGUGAGGUUAUCACGAAUCGCAGAAGCGGAUAAGCAGCUCCGUAACGACGUUCAGAAGUUGAAAGAACCAGUAGCAGUUGCUCCUCAAGCUAUUGCAGCAGUACAAGAAAUGGAGAAGAACGUUGAAGAAAAAUUGAAAAUGCGUCGCGACGCUUUUGAUUUAACAGCUCUUGUAGCCGAAGUACAAACGAUUGAACAGCAGAGGCAAGAAAGGCUGAAAAUGUCUGAGGAACUGCGUGAAAAGUUUGAAUAUUCAUCAGCACAGGAUGUUGAUAACGGUGAGCAUUUAAUCGUAUGGUCUCCGCUGCUUAUCAGUGAUGGUUACUGA